AUGUCCAAAGACACUGAAGAUGGAUUCUGUGAAUUAGAGCAUAAACAACAUAAGGUGAUUAAUUCCAUCGAUUUAAUGCAUCAGAAUCAGUUAAUUUCUGCAUUUCUCCGUCGGAAUAUUUCUCUUCUUGAAUCCUUAUAUGGUUGUUUCAUAUGCACUAAAUGUGCAACCAUAGGAAAUUCUGUGCAUAAUGCUGUCACUUGGAAUCCAGAUGGGUUCAAUUCUCAUCUUAAAACUCGUCACGCGGACGAAACCUCUCUUGAUUGCGUUUACUGUGGCCUUAGGGUUCCCAAAUGUGAUCUUACUCUACAUAUAAUUCGACACCUGUCUUUAGAAUCGGAAUUAUAUUCUUGCCCUAAAGAAACCUCUUUGGAUUCGGUGCAAAGAGACUCUUUGCAUAGCUAUAUAUGCCCUGCGGAGCCUUCUUGCCAUCUCAAUUUUCGAACUGGUAGAAUUGCAUCGCUAGAAGCACACUGGAAGAUACACCACUGCAAAGAAAAAGCUUCUGAGGAUUAUGAUACUAAGCUCUCACUUCGCUGUCCGUUUUGCUGUCGUCGUAUUCGUGGCGGAUUCUAUUUCUGGGCCAGCCAUGUGGAUAAACACAAAAGAAAAUUAAUUCACUGUACAAAGCCAGGAUGCCUCGUAAAGUCUCCUUCAAGAGCCCUCGUGCUUCAACACAUCGAACGAGUCCACAAAAAACGCCUUUCAGGUUCUCGGACCUCUUGUCUAACAGAUGUUAACGAAUCUCAAGAUUCAUUAACUUUGAUACGAGAGACGCUUGAG